GCCAACCGUCGAAAAAAAGCAAUAUAUUAUAUUAUUGGAGUUACUGAGAAAUAUCAACCGCUCUGGACAGUUAACAUUAAUGAAUAAUUGUUUCAGACUCAGCUAAUACGUAACGCAACAGGGCAGCCAAGUGAAAUAGAUAAAGUUUGAUUGGUUGCACGUUAACUAUUUUGCAAAUGAUUAACAGUAGUGUCACUUUUUUUUCCACUCUUUUGUUCCGCUCAACUGUCGUUAUAGCCACGCCCUCGAUGACGCACCUGGCCAGCAGUAAGGAAGCAACGGCAUGAACGAUGCAGUCAUUAAUAAUCAAAAUACCCACGGGCUAAUAGAGAAAGCAUCUUAAAACUUUAACCAGGACCAUGGUCGGAAAACACACCGUAUUUGCUUUUGUUUUGCUAUCUUGCUUUUCGUGGAUUGACAGCAAAGACAUUUUCAAUGGGUUGACAUUAAAAGCCUCCAAGUACUCCAUUGUAAAUCCUCAGGUGGUUGACAGAUUGAAAAGGAACCUCAACAGACCGACACAGUCGGAAGAAAAAUAUGGAAAGGAGACUAUAUCCUAUUCAGUUAACAUAAACAACAGAAAACACCUCCUUCAUCUAAAAAAGAACAGAGACUUUUUGCACCCAAACCUUGUUCAGUACUCAAGUGAUGCCAUUGGUAACCACAAUACGUCAUAUCCGAAACCGCAUGUACAUUGCUAUUACCAUGGACAGGUGGAGGGACAUGAAGACUCAGUGGUGGCACUCAGCACAUGCUCUGGCCUCAGGGGCGUUAUCUUCCUUGGAAAUGAGACGUAUGGACUUGAGCCUGUGCCACAGUCCACCAACAACGAGCACCUUCUGUACCUAAUGAAGGACAUCGAGUCCGGGCCCGCAACCUGUGGGGUCGUCAAUGAGGCGGCAUCGACGCAAAGCCACGAACCCUUUGAGCCUGGCACGUCUCUCACUUCGCUGCUUCGGCGGAAGCGCAAUUUACCAGACACCAGAUAUGUGGAGUUGGUGCUGGUGGCCGAUAAUCUCAGGUAUCAAUUUAAGAAACAAAACGAGACCGCUGUAAGAGAAGAACUUGUGCAGAUUGCCAAUCUACUGGAUGGGUAUUACAAGCAGCUGAAUAUCCGUGUGGUGCUGGUCGGCAUCCAAAUCUUUAAAGGCAGUAACCCCUUCAAUGUGGACGGCUCCGCCGGACAGGUGUUGGGCGACUUUGUCCGGUGGAGGCGGGAUGUUUUGCUGCCAAGGAUCAGACAUGACGAUGCUCAACUCAUUGUUGGUCAGCCUAAUGCAUACAAUGGCAACAUAUUAGGUAUGGCCUUCGUGGGAACGGUCUGCCACGUAGGGACCGCCGGAGGAAUCAACGUGUUCAGUGCGAACAACCUGCUUUUGGCCUCCGUUGUGGUGGCCCAUGAGAUGGGCCAUAAUCUUGGCAUGAUGCAUGACCGUGACGGAUGCAGCUGCAAUGGGACCAGUAGAUGCAUCAUGGGUGCAGCUGUUGGGGGUGUCUCCACUUUCAGCAGCUGCAGUGGACAAGACUUUGAGAAUCUGAUUGUACGUGGAGGAGGCACUUGUCUGAAAAACCAGCCCUCCCCGUCAGAUGUGGUUGGUGUAGCUGAAUGUGGCAAUGGCCGACUGGAGGAAGGAGAGCAGUGUGACUGUGGCAAACCCGGGGAGUGUAACAAUAAAUGCUGUGAUGCUGCCACCUGCAAAUUGACAUCUGGUUCGGCCUGCGCUCAGGGAGGCUGCUGCUCCAACUGUCAGAUCAAAGUUGCUGGAACGCCAUGCAGAGGGUCUGCCAACACGUGUGAUCUUCCUGAAUACUGUAACGGCACGGCUGGGUUUUGUCCCAACGACUUCUACGUCAUGGACGGCCUGCCCUGUCAAGACAGUCAAGCUGCUGCGUACUGCUAUGAGGGUCGAUGCCAGACGUAUGGUUUCCAGUGCAAACAACUCUUUGCACCAGGUCCAGCAACAAAGGCCGCGGAUAUUUGUUUUCAGAAUGCAAAUAUGAGGGGAAACACGUUUGGGAACUGUGGAAUUGGUACCAACGGAGUUCCUAUCAGAUGUACUUUAGCAAAUUCCAUGUGUGGGAAGUUACAGUGUACAAACGUGGACGUCAACAACCCCCCUCCAGGUGCCCAAAUCAGUGUCGAAGUACUUGGGAAGGAAAAGUGUAUAAAUGUAGACUUCAACCUCGGCACAGAUGUGCUGGAUCCGGGUUACGUGAACUCUGGCAGCCCUUGUGAAAAUGGAAAGACCUGCAUAGACUUCAAAUGUGUGAACGCCUCUGCGCUGCUGCCCAAGCUGAACUGUGAUGCCAGGGCAACGUGUAACAGCAAAGGGGUAUGUAAUGACAGAGGGAACUGCCAUUGUGAAAACGGGUGGGCCCCACCUAAUUGUGACCGGGCGGGACGCGGUGGCAGCAUAGACAGUGGCCCUGCUCAGAUCGACCACUCCCUCAGGGACGGAUUGUUGAUCUUCUUCCUGUUGGUGGUUCCUGUUCUUAUCGUUCUCAUUCUGCUGCUGCUGUACUUCUUCAGGAGAGAAACCCUUGACCCAUGCCUCAAAGGACGACACCUUAAGUCGCGUAAUGUUCCGAAUGGAAAUGCGAAUGGGCAGCCAAACGGCAUUGUUCAGACAAGGGCCACAACUCAGCCUCCAUUGCAGGCUCCUUCUAAUGCGCCUGGAUAUCCACCAGCUACCGUAACUCCAAUUCCUGGUUUCAGGUACGGAGAUCUGGAUUAUUGGAACGCGGAUGAAAAUGUGGCCCCUGCACAAGCACCAGUUCCAAGGCAGGGCCCCGGAGUACCCAGACCAAUCCCUCCCAGGAGGAUACCUACUUGAUUAUCUUGUUCUUUAGCAUAUUUUUUAAUAUAUUGUGAAGAUGGUUAUUAAAGAUUAACACUGUAUGAAGAGAAGUUUUAAACGCUCUGAAAACAAAACCCCUACUCUGAGUUUAAGGUCUGAGUGUUGGUGGGUGAGGCUUAUAGACAAGUAAAGACUUUAAUAUGUGUUUUAUCUGUUUACCUAUUUGAACUUCAUGCACAUGAAGUAUCUCUUUAUCCCUUUUUUGUAUUUUAUGGUACGUAGACUUUAAAGAUUUUGAUAUCAUGCCUUUAAACCGAAUAAAUAACACAAUUUAUUUCAA